GUCAUGGUAUUGCGAUACAUUGAUGGGAGCCAUGCUCUUCAAGAGCGUUUUUUUGAGUUUGUCCCCCUCUCGUCUUCAACGGCUGACUCGAUUGCCACUGCUAUUAUGGAGAGACUGAACAGUCUAUUCACCGAGGAAGAGAGGGGUAAACUCAUCGCGCAAGCAUAUGACGGGGCCAAUGUGAUGAGAGGAGAGAAGGCUGGUGUGCAGCAAAAAGUGCGAGAGCAUUACAAAAAUGCACAUUAUUUACAUUGCUAUGCACACCAGCUGAAUUUGAUCAUGCAGCAAGCCACUUCUCAGGUCCCAGCAGUGAGGGUUUUUUUCUCGGAUCUGAAUGGCAUUUCUAGCUUUUUUAGUCGGUCACACAAACGCACCACCAUCCUCGACCAGGUUGUUGCACGGAGGCUGCCAAGAGCAUCGGCCACAAGAUGGAACUUCAACAGCAGGGUCGUGAACACAGUCUAUGAGAACCUAGAUGACCUCAUAGAGUGUUUUGAAGCCAUCAGCACAGAUGGCUCAUUUGACUGCACCACAGUGAGGGAGGCAUCUGGCUACCUGAGGAUGCUGCAGGACGAUGACUUCAAGUUUUUCCUGCAUCUAUUUCAUCAAAUCAUGCCUCACGUUGACAUUAUGUACCAACAGCUGCAGAAGAAGGACAUUGAUGCAGUCUUCAUCAAACGUGCUCUGCAGAGCUUCACAAGCAGUGUUCAAGCCAUACGGGACCAGAGCUCAUCUCCAGAGCAGCAGCAAGUAGCAGCAGGAACUACAGGAAAAAGGAGGGCCUUGGGAGAGCAAAACAAGCAGAGGCUGUCUAAGGAGGUCUGUGACACCAUCUUGGGCCAUGCAAACGAGAGGUUCUCUUUCACAAGCCACCUUGUGAGUGCAACGCUGCUACAAGGAGACCUGUUUGAGCAGUACUGCCAUGUGUUCCCUGAUGAGGCUCUGAACACCACUGCCAAGGCAUACCCCAUGCUGAAUAAGGCGAAGCUCAAGACUGAACUGUCCCUUAUCUACGAGAGUCCAGAUUUCAAGGGCUGCAGUGGUGCAUUGGCACUCUACCAGGUUCUACAGAGGAACAACCUCCACGAGACCCUAUCUGAGACUGUGGCUCUGUUGAACAUCCUCAUAACCACUCCCAUGACAACUGCUGAAGCUGAGGUGUUUCUCGACCUUAAAGAGAAUCAAGACAUUCCUGCGAAACUCAAUGGGACAGGAUCGUCUCAAUGCUCUGGCCAUGCUUUCCAUGGAGAGGGAACUAGUCAGGAACAUGCCUGAUUUUAAUGAGAGGGUCAUUGAUCACUUUGCUGCUUUGAAAGAGAGACGAGCAAAAUUUCAAUACAAGUGAGAAAUGUUGUUUUAAUGUUGUUGUGUUGUUGCACUACUCAAAUGUUGAAUUGGAAAUAGCUGUAUUAAUUGCAUAUCAUUAGCCAAUUUUUUUGUUUGCUUGGUAAUGUACAUGUGUCUUAUGGGUAAAUUCUUGUUAAAUAGCACCCAAUGUUUUGAUUAUCACCUUGGAUCAUUCUUGUUUUAGGAAUACUGUAAAUAUUGCAAUGAGCAGGCUAGGCCACUAGUUUUUAUAUAUGCUGUCAUCAAGUUGUGUGAUGAGAACUGUAAAUAUUAUAAUUACUAGGCUAUGCUAACAU